UUGUCUAGUUCAAAGUACUUAACAAAAGAAACCAAAAACUACCCAAAUCCCAAUAUAACCCCUCAUUGAGUCAUUUCCCUUUAAAGUUAUCAGUUACAAAACCCAAAGCUUGAACCAAUGGAUGAUCAACGUCUUCCCUUCAUCAUCCUCUUGAUCACCGCCUCCAUCACUGCCUCGCACAGUUCCGAGGCGCCGGCCACACCAUGCCGCUCCAACUGUGGCUCACUUCCAAUCAAGUACCCUUUCGGCACCGGCUACGGUUGUGGCUCCCCACGUUUCGAACCCUAUGUAGCCUGCAACUCGAACCAGCUCCUGCUGACAACCCACACUGGCUCGUACCUAAUCACCGCCAUAUCCUACAAAGACUCAACCGUCACGAUCACUCCAUCGGCCAUGUCCACAUGCAACUCCAUGCAACAAUCUCCCAACUUGGGGCUCGACUGGGCCAGCCCUUUCCAACUAGGCCCAUCAAUUCUCCUCCUCCUCUCAUGCACUCCCCCUACGUCGUCGCUCACCAUCAAGGGCUCCCCCGUUUGUGACCCUUCCUCCACCCACCUCUGCGCCACGUUCUACACUUGUCCUGCCGUCGUCAACCUCGGGAUGCCGCUUUUCCCCCCGACCAACACCUGCUGCGUGUACUCGCCGGCGAAUUUCAACGGCAAAGGUGAGUUGGACUUGAGGGAAAUGAAAUGCAAAGGGUAUACGUCGAUUGCUUCCUUGGAAGAUUCUCCGACGGACCCUAGUAAAUGGCUGUAUGGGGUGACGUUGAAGUACACCGAUGGAGGUUUCGAUGAUUAUUAUAUGAACAACAAAUGUAACACUUGUGAGGAUAGCGGCGGAAUCUGCGGCUAUUCUCCUCCUAGUAAUUCGUUCCUAUGUAUCUGCAACAAUGGUUUCAAUACCAGCACGGAUUGCUACAAUAACUUCAAUCCGAUUCAGGGGUAUGAGGAUGUUCUUGGAAGUUCCACAUCUUUAUCAACCUGGAAGAUCUGGCUGCGACUCUGGGUUGGUCUGGUUUUCUGCAUUGCUGCUUGAAGAAGGCAAUGACCAAUGUCUGAUUUCCUUUUCUUUUUUUAUGCCAUCUUCAUUUGAAUAUUGUAAGCUUUACUAUUAACUUCAAGAACCUUACCCCGCCUGGAAAAUUUGUAAUUAAAGCAUAAUAUGUUUAUUAGAUAGCCAAGUACACACAAUGUUCAAUGUUAGAGAGUCACGAUGAUCGGAAACAUGCACCUCAGAUUAAUCAUUGAUGAAACAAUCUGAAAAGAA